GGUCAUUUCAGCUGGCUGCAGUUGGACCGAAGGGUUCUAGAACACGAGUUCCCCAAGAAGUCUGGACCCAUCGUACUCUACUUCUGUGUCAGGUAUGGUCACAUCAUAGAAAAACACACACACAAGCACAGCUCCUACAGCAGGCACACAGACAUGCACACAGUCAGACAGACGUCUGCACACACACACUACCUUGGCUCUGUGAAAAAGGCAGAUAAUAACUCUAUAAUACUAUAAGAGAACACCAUUCAUAAUUCAGUGAUAGUUGUCUAGCUAUUGUAUAUGAUCUUCAGUGUAUCUGUGUGUGUCAGGUGUAUAAGAUGUUGUCUCCCUGUAAAGUGGAGCUCCUGCUGUGAUCUAACCCAUAGUAGCAGGGUUAUAAAACCAUUCCUUUCUCCUGCCAGUGCCUUUGUACUGCUCUGACAAUGGCUGCUCUCUUACAUAACACACAUCCUGAGGUUGACUGAGUGUGUGUGUGUGUGCAUGUGUGUGUGCUCGCAUGUGUGCGUGUUUGUGUCUACAUUAAGUCAUUGUAGUUGGAAGAAAAGGUACAGGAUCUGAAGAUAAUGUGUCUGACCUUUCUUUGCAGCUGUGGAAAGGCUACACAAACACACACACACACACAAUGCUGAACAGUGUUGGUCAGUACCUUAAAGGUCCCUAUGAUGACAAUAGGCUCCAGGGACUUGUCAUUCCUUAGCAACGUACAUAGCAACCUGCAUUGGAGACACUCAAUAGAUGAAUAGUUGUUUGUACUGAUUGGCAUUAACGAUAAGUGUCUCCAAAAGGGUGUGUGGUAAUGACGUCAUUUCAACCUACCAUAAUAGUUUUGAUGUGUAUGGGUAUUGUAUUGUUGCAUGGGGUGUAUUGUUCACAUAACAGAUCACUAUCAAAUACAUGGCCUUGUGUUCAGGGUUAGCCAUCAGUACGGAUACAAUAUAAUAACUAUUGUGAUUACUUCUGUUAUAGCCAGCCACUAAUAACAUAUCCAGUCACUCCACAUGCCCACACAUAAAUACACACACACAUUCAAAUGCUUAUUAAUACAAUGCAUUUAUACACACCACAUACUCACACACACACACAAACAUCCUGAUACACAGUUAACACAGAGACAGACUGAUGAAACUGCAAUCAGUCUAAAUGUCAGAGCUGAAUCCAUUGUCAGACUUCACUGCCCAGAGCAGCCGAGUGUGUGUGUGUGUGUGUGUGCUUUCGUGCCUUAAUGCUUUCGUGCACUGUGCUUGUGCAUUGGUUUCAUAGCAUGUGUGUGCAUGUUUCGGAAGCAGUAGCUAUAACAACUCCCACCCUCUCUAUAUAUAGACUACAUUAUAAUGUUACAGUAGCUCCCAUCUCACUAUUGAUGGCUACUGUGUUUCUCUGCCUGCACACUGCUGAUGAUGCAGCCAGCCAGCCAGCUAGCGAUUGUGUGAAAUGCAUCGUGUGCACAUUUGCGAUGGGGGUGUGUUUGUGUAGAUGAUGUGUCUGUGUUUGUGCAUCAGUGUUUGUGUGUGCGUGCGUGCGUGUGUGUUGGAUGGUUGCCAUUGAUCAGACAGAGAAGGGUAUAGGAACUGUGUGUGGAAGCCUAAUGUCUGAUGACCCCUAGUGGACACUCUGUUCACUGCAGUUCUGCCACACAUAGUAGCCUGGAACUAGAUUGAAUUAGCUUCUUUUCUCUUUAAUCUGUUUCCAAGAUACAAUACAUCUAAACUCAUUGUGUCAUGGUCUGUUAUACUGUACUGUGUUUUAUGUUCUGUUCAUUACAGGUUUUAGAGAGUAUUUCCUGCCUGAUCAACUAAAGUAAUGUGUCCUGUUGUCUAUGUGUUACAGGUUUUACAUAGAGAGUAUUUCCUACCUGAAGGACAAUGCUACUAUUGAACUCUUCUUCCUCAAUGCUAAGUCCUGCAUAUACAAGGUAAGUUCAUCAUGGCCUGUAGUUCACAUGCUUAGAUAUGCUUAGAUAUAGCAUGCCAAUAUAAAUAUACUGUAUGGUGUUGUUCUGCUAUGUGUUAGAUCAGUAAGUGUCUGUCUGUGUGUAUUCUCAUUGAUGAUUAAUCUUCAAGUAGUGGAUUUUAUUUUCCAGUCAUGUCAUCAUUUCACCACCAGAGGGUACAUGUGGGCUGUUGGGUCGUCAGUGUGACGCUUGAACAGUAAAACCACUCUCUGUCUCCUCUCUGCUCCAUUCAUCCUGUUAGAAACAGAUAUAGCAUUAGCUAAGCUUAUGCUAUCUCCAGCUCCAAAAGUGUUAACCAGCCUCUGCUGACAAAUGCAUCCACUGGUAGCGAAGCUUCUGCUAACACUCCAGCAACACCCAUAGCUUUUCCUAAUACAUACCCAGCACUGAUAUCUUAGUGUAUGCUAACACAGCCAAUACUUGACACCUAAGACUAGGCUGUUUAGAAAGGGAGGCUGGAACACUCUCACGGUCCAACAGACUCUAGUGAAGUGAGGGUUGUCUGUGAAGUCUACAUACACACUCCAAUUGACCAAAACAGCAAUAUUUUUCCUUGAUGCACACAUGGACACAAUGACACAAAAAUACACUUUUUCAACAUAACACAGAUUUUGUAAAUGUUAAUCAUGGAUACGUUUAAGACAUUAGAAUUGUGUUGUGGAUAUAGAGUCAUUUUUAAUGCAGUCAUCUCCUGUCUGCAUGUAUGGAGUGUGUGUUCUACACUGGACCACACACACAUACACACACACACUGCUAGGCCGCAGCCCCAUGGUGAGAGCCCAUGCUGGGUGGUAGUGUAUUCAGUGUUGUGUUUCACUCUGCUGUCUGAUCUCUUAACCAAUUAACUGCCAGGGAUCGUAUAGAGGACAUUCCUUACAUACCUGACCCCUUUAGUCACUACUCAUCAACUAACACACACAAACACACACACACACACUUCCCUCAGACCCCCUUCUGUGUGUGUGAGUAGGCCCUGUCCCAGCAUUGCUCAUCUAAGUAAACAGGAUGGAGAGACAAAGAGAAAGACAGAGAGAAUUAAAGAGACCUUUAAGGAAAUUGUUCUGUUAGUCACCACUGCAUUCCCUCAUUUUCUCUGCCCACAUAAGUCCCAUCACACUGUAAUUUCUGAGCUGAAGCAGAGCACACAACCCCCCAUGAAGAAAGGGAAAGAAAUCAGGGAGGGGGAGGAAGGGAGUGAGGGAGGUUUAGAUGAAAAAAUUAAAACAGCAAUGGAGAAAAGAGAGUACUGGGGACAAUGUGAUAGAAACGUGUGUAUCCUGUAUGAAUAUGUUUUUCAGUGUUGUAUUAGUAGUGUAGGUACAUCAUAACAUCGUGGUCAUAGGAUAAAUCUGAUGUAUGAAAAUGUGCCCCUCACAGCUCCCCACAUAGGGAAAGUAAUGGAUACAUUGGAUUGGUUUUAUUAGCCGUGCAAGUCACAUAAUAACCAUGAUCUAAUGCUUCCCCCCCCCCUCUCUCUCUCUCUAUCUCUCUCUCUCGCUCUCUCCCUCUUUCUCCAAGGAGCUCAUUGAGGUGGACAGUGAGGUGGUUUUUGAGCUGGCCUCCUAUAUCCUACAGGUAAGUCAGUGUUACACUAGCUUUGACCAACUUACAUUCGAAGAAUCAGACAUCAAUUAUUUUUGGAAUGGGCUCCCAUGCCUAGUUCCAGGGAGUGAGUAUGUAUAUUGGCCAGGGAGUGUGUAGGGUUCCCCCUCAGUUUAGGUCAGCCCAUUACCUCAGUUCCAGCUAACACAGAGACUAUGGAGUGUGUGUAUGUGUGUGUGUGUGUGUGUGUGUGUGCGUUAUUGCGUGUGUGUGUGCAGGUGCAGAGGUAUCAGGUAUCUCUUGGCCUUUAGAGGUUUUGCUCCAGAUGGAAGGAUAACGUUUCUCUCUGAUUUCAUCACAGGAGACCUGACCCUACUCUCACCUGCCUGCACACACACACACACACACACACACACACACACACACACACACACACACACACACACACACACACACUACUUGUCCCACAAAAGCCAGCGUUCACCCCUCCAUAAUACUGUAAAUGUCUAACUAUUUCUCUCUCUUUCUCUUUUCUCUCUCCAGGAGGCUAAAGGUGACUUCACCAGGUAAGAACAGUUAUUAUGUAUUUAUACUACAGUAAGCUGUAUACAUAUAAUAUACUUUAUAAUAACUAAUAUCCAACAGCCUCAGACCUAUUGUCUCUGUCUCAGUGGGGAGUAGAGCGGUUGUGGCCCACAUGUUUGUUUGGUUUUUGGGUGAGGGGAUGGUGGGAUAGGUGUGUGUGUGUGUGUGUGUUUGUGUGACAGGAGAACAAUAGCACCCAUGUAGGGGGUCUGUCCUAGGUCCUCUGAGCCCCACAGAGCAGCGAAGCAAAUCCGCUGACACGCCCCUCCCUCUCCUCUCACAGGACCUGCCUUUGUCUGCCUGUCCUCCGACGCUCUAUCCCUCUCAAACUCUCCUCUCAUCCCCCAGUCCCCUGAUUCACUCACUCCAUCCAGACUGAAGAGUCUGUCUUUAGAUAGGGUCACUGGAGCAUAUUUCUUUGUGUGUGUGUGUGUGUGUGUGUGUGUGUGUGUGUGUGUGUGUGUGUGUGUGUGUGUGUGUGUGUGUGUGUGUGUGUGUGUGUGUGUGUGUGUGUGUGUGUGUGUGUGUGUGUAUGGAUGGAUGGAUGGAUGUAUGUAUGUAUGUAUGUAUGUGUGUGUGAGUGAGUGACAGGGCUCCACAGUGCAUGACUCCUAACCAAUUAAGAACAGAGCAGUGAGACUAAGGCCAGGGUAGUUAAGACCUCAGCUCUGCAGCUCACGUGAUGAGCCUUCUGCCCCCUAAAACAGCUUACCCUCUAUUGGUUUACACUUCUAUGGUGUAGAGAGAUGCUAGCUUACAUUUAGGCAGGCUUGAGAUGUCGUUUACAAAAUGCCAUGUGUUGCAAUAUAUUUCCUGCUCCAUUGUGUAACCUGGUAUCAUGCUACUAUGUUCCUUUAAAUAAAGAUGAAUUGGAUGUCUUCACGGUUAAAGGAAACAUGGUCUUUAUAUCUUAGAGCAGUACAGAAUAAGGAUUCUUCGUCAGUUUGUGAGCGUUGAGGCCAGUGUAGAUGAGAGAGUCGAACAGCGUUCACCUUUGACCCCAUUUCCUCCUCCUCACAGGAACAUAAAUAAACAUGGCAUCCCACUGAGCUCUGGAAUGUGUAACAUAUUACGCUAUAUAUUGCACUAACAUUGUAAGCGUUUAUGUUACUUGUUGUCCAUCCAAUUUUUUGCUACUCCAUUGCUGGUGAAGGCUGCUGGGGCUGUGGCGUCCAGAUCGGGUGGUAAGGGUUGGGAUUGAGAACCAUUGCUCUAGCCCACAUGAAAAAAACUAUAGUAUUAUGGUUAAAUACCAUAGUAUUCACUCUAGUGUUUUUGCAGACUUUUCUGUAUUAUUCACUGUAGUGUUUUUGCAUACUGUAGUGUUUUUGCGGUCUGUAGUAUACUGUAGUAUGUACUAUAGUAUUCUAUAAUAUACUACUAAAUUCUAUAGUAAGUACUACACAUGAUCGAGGUAUACUACAGUGUGUAGUAUAGCAUUCUACAGUAUACUAUUGUUUACUACAGAAUUAUAUAGUAAGUACUGUAGUAUUCUAUAGUAAACUGUAGUAUUUUUUGAUAUGGGAGAGCAGGCGUUAGCUGGCUAUUAUAUUUUCAGUAUUGGCUGUCAUGUUUCCAGGCCUUUCCCCCAGUCUCAGGGGGCUGGGAGGUUUAGGGAAUUACAGAGGGGUUUAAGACUGAGAGUCUGAAGUCUAGGGUCUCUCUCUCUCUCUCUCUCUCUCUCUCUCUCUCUCUCUCUCUCUCUCUCUCUCCAGUUGUUCCCAGCUGUGUGACUGUCUCAUCAGUCCCCCUGAAACACAGCAGGGCAGCAUUAGUUCCCCCCACCCUGUCAGUUACUAACUCUUGCCCCCAACCCAUAGAUUAUUCAUUGGUAAAUACCCUUAGAUUAAAGUUAAUACAUCAUUGUAGUAGACAAACAUCACAAUAUUGGAGACACCUUUGGAUUGGUUUAUAUCGCUAAUGCCAAUCUGUCUCCAACACCUCUUGGCAGUUUGAAUUCAGUGUGUGUUCACAGUAAUGACGUGUGUUUCUGUGUGUGUCACAGUAACGACAUGACGAGGUCAGACCUGAAGAAGCUUCCAGCUCUGCCGACUCAGGCCCUGAAGGAACACCCAUCUCUGGCCUACUGGUGAGUCCCAGCCUGUCUUAUUGGCCCUGAUGACCAGGGCCACCAAAACUCUACUGCCUGGUUGCCCGACCUGGCUGCCUGUUUGAUAUGAUUAAGUGGCAUGUUGUGUAUGUUUUCUGUUCCAGUGAGGACCGGGUGAUAGAACACUACAAGAAGCUCAAUGGACAGUCCAGAGGGCAGGCCAUAGUCAAGUAAGACUGGAGAGGGGAAGGGUGUGUGUGUGUUACUUAUGUGUCUCAUAUUCUCUCCCCCUUGAGCUGUGUGUGUUCAUCUCUCACACAUGCUUGGUGUCUACUGCGUGUGUAUCCAUAUGUUUGUGAGUGUGUGUGUUUUUAUGAUGCUCUCUCUUCAGUAGUUGAUGUGAAGAUGAACAUUGUGACUGACUAAUGUCUGUCUCUCUGUCUGUCUUAGUUAUAUGAGCAUCGUUGAGUCCCUGCCUACAUAUGGAGUACAUUACUACACUGUUAAGGUACAACUUUAUCACUUACACUCUCUCUCUUGGGGUUGGGGUUGGGGGCUGAGUGGGUGGGUGAGGGAGUGUUUGGGAGGAGGGUUUGGGGGGCUAUGAAUACACACACCCUCUGAUGUGUGUAUCCUCUCUCUGUGUGUGUCAGGAUAAACAGGGCAUCCCGUGGUGGCUGGGGCUGAGUUAUAAAGGAAUCUUCCAGUAUGACUACCAGGACAAGGUCAAACCCAGGAAGGUAAGACGCCAACUUUCAUUCUCUUUCUCUCCCUCUCGCUCCAUUAUGUCUGUCUUUUAUAAAGAUGUAACACUGUCCUCCCAUCAGUCUCCCUGUAGUCUGUUAAAGCCUUUCACCUCUCACCUUUGACCCUAGAAAAGACUAGUAUCAUUCAUCUCCUGGCUGGAUGAACCGACACACACACACUCCCAUACGUGAACUCUGACCCCUCAGUCCUGACAAAGACUUCCUGUCUGCUUCAGCUUUCCUGUUUGCCCGUCCUGUUCUAGUGUGUGUAUGUGUGUGUGUGUGUGUGUUUGCACAUUCCAGUCUAAAUGUCUCACCACUGUUCUCCCCACAUUCCUGCUCUAUCCCAUAAUAGUCCCAGAUCCUGAGGUUUCAAAGGUUACAUCACCAUGGAGACAGAAUGGGAAUGCUAGCCUAGUCUCCUAUUCUAGGUCACAGGAAUGAUUUGGUGGUUUGAGUUAGCUUCCAAUGUUAGUAUCAAGUAGAAAGGUGCUCUUUGGAAACGAUGGCCCUCUUGGAUCCUUCAUAGGAUGUUUUCUCCCCAUAUCUGCCCAUUUGUAGAUGUAAACACACACACACACACACACACACACACACACACACACACUGAAAGGCAGUGGGCCGUGCCAGGUUGAAAGUGGUCUGUACUACAAUAGAGUGAAUGUGUUCCGAGGGUUCAGAGGGGAGGUAGAAUGAAGGGAGGUUCAGGACUUCAUGUUUUGGCUUCUCAUCAACACACUAAUGGUAUCUACGCAUGCAGCGCUCUGAAAACAAAGAGAGAGGGAGGGCACUUUAAAGAUGACUAUUAAUGUAUUUAAUAACUGUCUUUAAUAACUGUCUUUAAUAACUCCAGAGUUGGUUUCAAAGAAGGUUGAGACCUAGUCAAAAGCUGUGUGUAGAGGCUGCACAUUAGGUUACCAGAGAAGGCCACUAUCAUUGUGUCAAAUAAGGUUUUCAGUGUUUAGUUAAGGCUGUUUUUGUUUAGAGUUUUACCUCAGGAAUACGUUGUCUGUGUGUGUGGCAGCUGCAUAUUUAUCAGUAGAGUUUUACUAGUGGACAUCCUGUAGUGACUAGACCACCACUGUAAGGCUUUCUGACUGUUUAUUUGGGUUUGUUUAAAUACUUUACCCCUAACCCCACUUCCCCUUUCACACACACACGCACUAACACACACACACACACACACACACACACACACACACACACACACACACACACACACACACACACACACACACACACACACACACACACACACACACACACAGUUACAGUUCAACCACAGCCAGUAAAAAUGCCUUGUUAGUGAGUUGUGAGACACUUUAGGGUUUGUGAGUGACUGAGGCAGAUGCUGAUGGUUUAGUAACAGUGUGAAGCUCCAGUAGUGUGUGUCAUGUUGACUGAUUUUGAAAUUGCUUGACAGAGAUUAAGCCUAUGUCUCUGCUAGCUAGUGUGUUGCCAGGUCAGAUAAGUAUAUGAAGGUAUGAAACAGUGAUGAGUAAUGAGUGAGGAGUGUGUUUUGGUGUGCAAACGCCCCUCCUAACCUCAAUCCCUCCAACACACAUAUUUGUUAAAAAAAACUAUGACCAAAACAAAAACAACAGGAAGCCAUGGGCAGGUCUCCAUAGUGACUAUAGAACACCCUGGAAACAUUUAAAUCCCCCACCCUAACCGUCCUCCACCUUUCUGAGGGAGGGACUCAGAAACAUGGAGAGGGACAGGGAAGGGAACCAGUGAUGGUAAGUCGGUCCCCUUGUAAAGCCCCUCUAGACCCCUCCUAGUCCCCAGACUGGCUCCUAGUCCUAGCCGACUGCUACUGUUUACAGGUCCAGCUCUGCUCUGCUCUGCCCUAUGAUAGAAUAGACCUUGGCUUCACUCCAGACCAUUCUAUUCUUUAGACAAUCCCAUGGGUAUCCCCUAGGGACUUCAAGCUUUCUCAGACAUUACCUUUUCUUUGUACACAUACAGUAUACACACACAAACACACACACACACUGGCCUAACAGUGGACACACCCUUUGCCAUUAUCAGUGCUGUAUAGAAAAAGUGUCACCAUGUUUGUAUCUGAUAUUGUUUUUCAGAUUAUUCAAAGUUUCUCUAAAGCUGUUACUAAAUACACACCACUUAUAUAACUCCUGUCAUUUGUUAGUGUGGACAAAAUGGUCACUUAAUCACAACCCUUAACUCCUUUCAUAUUGAAACUGGUUUAAUUCCUCAUUGUGUUGUGCUGUACAUGUUGCUACAUGUUGAAGUACCCUUCCUGGAAAAUGUGACUGUGGUCUGCAGUAAUGUUCUAUGGUCCAUUGACUGAUUACUAAAGCCUGAUAUGAGGGAAGAUGAAAGCGAUGGUUUGUGCCAGCUGGUGGCCAACCUUGGUCUUGGAGACACACGGGGUAUACAGGCUUUAGUCUCUUCCCUGCACUAACAAACCUGAUCACACUAAUUGAAUACCACAACAGGUACUGGGAUGUAUGUGAAACUAGUGCCAGUGUUGUCUGAUGUGAAACUAGUGCCAGUGUUGCCAGUGUUGUCUGAUGUGAAACUAGUGCCAGUGUUUCCAGUGUUGUCUGAUGUGACACGAGUGGCAGUGUUGAGUUGACAAGAUGGGGUCCACCCUCCAACCUAGUUACGAGGGAACAUGUGUGUGUUAAGCACUCUCGUGCUGGAAAACUGUUGCACACACUCUCCCUAUCUGUAAUCACACACAUACACAUACACCCUCUCUCCCUAUCUCCCUCCUAUUCUUAGCACCAUGCUACAUUAAGUGUUCAUACUCCAUUGAGUGUACAGUACACCGAGCGUAACUGCACUGAUUAUCUCACACGUAAACGCACACACACGCUCACACACACUCUUAGUCCCAACGCUGUGUUUAUAUAUUCGUUUUUUCUCCAUCAGAUCCCCCUCCUCUCCUCUGUUCCUCUUAUCCCUCUCUCUCCAUUAUUUUCCCAGGCUGUUAUGAUUCCUGGGCUGUGCCCCUUCGUCUUCUUCUUCGUCCCUCCUCUCCACUCUCUUCCUCCCUCCUCUCCACUCUCUUCCUCCCUCCUCUCCACUCUCUCCUGUCCUCCCUCACCCUGCCAGUUAAACUUUGUUUUCUCCUGUUGUUCUGUACAGAGUUCACGUGUUUUACCGUUUUCUUAAAUCAUCUCACUGCCAUUACAUCUCUACCACCACCAUUGUUGGUGUGUGCUGUUUGUGUGUCUCUAUGUGUGUAUGUGUCCCAGCUGCUAGUGCUGUAAUGUCUCCAGUGUAACAGUAACUGCUGUGACUCUGCUCUCUGUGUAAUGAGAAACAGACCUCGUGAGGCAAUGUGUGUGUGUGUGUGUGUAUGUGUGUGUGUGAAGAGGGGGGCUGGCUGGCUGACUAACAAAGCAAAAGUGCUCUGUUUGGUGGGGCCACAGUAAUCCUCUCCCCAUUCACCCUCCCUCCCUUCCCCCACCCCCUCCCUUUCUCCCAGCCACAGAGCCCAGAGCAGGAAGUGUACUCCUCGAGGGAGAGAGGAAGGGUCAGGGGGAGGGAGGGGAGGGUCUUAGCCUGGCUACAGUAGAGGAGGAAACUUUAUUUCACACACAUACACUCUCCCACACACACACACACACUCGCUCACUUACCUACAGCUGGUAAACACCCGCCGACUCAGAACUUUCUGUUCCCCUGCACCUGGAGAGGAUUUAACACACACACACACACACGUACACACGCGUACACAGACACACAUAUUGAGGAGACUUUCUCACCCAGCGAGGCUUGGUUUUAUUUAAAGAGGAGCUGAUGGUUUGUAAAGAGGAUGGAAAGAAGGGAAGAGAAAAAAGGCGAGCGGAGGAGAGAAAGCCCUCUCUCUCUCUCUCUCUCUCUCUCUCUCUCUCUCUCUCUCUCUCUCUCUCUCUCUCUCUCUCUCUCGGGGGUGAGGUCAUUCAGCUGGGGGAAGAGUUCUGGACGAGACCGCUGGGUCUGGAUCUAAUCAGAGACCCUUACCUCAUGUCCUCCCUCUUUCCUCUCCUCCCUCACUCCUCCUCACUCCUCUCCUAUUCUUUCUGUUUUUGAGGUGUUGCAAAACCAAUCUUAACUCUCAGUGGCUGUACAGGGAAGUCAUAUCCAGCCGGCAGUGGGUGUUUCUGCCUUCUCAAGCUUGUGUGUCUGUUUGUAUCUCAGUUUGAAGUCUGUGAGCCUCUUUCAGUUCUAAAGUGUGUGUGUGUGUGUGUGUGUGUGUGUGUGUGUGUGUGUGUGUGUGUGUGUGUGUGUGUGUGUGUGUGUGUGUGUGUGUGUGUGUGUGUGUGUGUGUGUCCGUCCUCAGGUGUUCCAAUGGCGUCAGCUGGAGAACCUCUACUUCAGAGAGAAGAAGUUCUCAGUGGAAGUUCACGACCCCAGGAGGUAAAUCUAUAUCACAUCUCUGAGUGUGUGUGUGUGUUUCAGCACUGUAAACAGUUUUGUAUCAGAAAGUAACUCUGUAGUAGAGUUUCCAUCUGCCCUGAUAAUAUAUAGGAUACAAAGCUAAUGUAAGUUAGUUGUGUUGAUUAUAUGCCAUUUCUGCUGGAGUUGUGAAAGUAGUGAGUAUGGCAUAUAAAAGGAGGCUUGGAUAGAUUAUAUUUAUAAUAUCUUAAUUGUCCCCCAGUGUGAAUGCUGCUAGCUGCUUUGUGUAAAGUUUAGCCAACAUAAAAAUCACAGAGCAGAGAUGGUCAUGGGUUGGUACUGUUGUACUGUUGUUAGCUGUGAUGCUAUAUUAAAGAAACGUAGAGACAUCAACAGAUAAACAGUGGUGCAUGUGCUUGAACAAAGUAGCUUGUGCACACACAUACAGACUCAGUUUAUCUUGGCGUUAAAUGGAGCCUGACACAGAUAGCACUGCUGACAGUCACACACACACACACACACACACUGAACUCUGUAAGUCGCUCUGGAUAAGAGCGUCUGCUAAAUGACUAAAAUGUAAAAUGUAAAUGUAAACUCUGCUGUCUAGAGGAGGAAGUCACCUCUCUUUUGUUUAUUUAACAUCUCUACAGAGAGAGAGAGAGAGAGAGAAAGACAAGAGAAAAGGAGAGAGACAGGAAGAGAGAAGAGAGUGUCACGAUCGUCAGGGAGAGACCAAUGCGCAGCGUGAUGAAUGAACAUGAUUACUUUAUUAAAUUAAAGCACGAACAAAACAACAAACGACUCGUAACGUCCACGGUGACAAAGACCGAACACGGAACAAAAACCCACAAACACAAAGUGAAAAACAGACAGUUAAAUAUGGCUCCCAAUCAGAGACAACCAGCCAACAGCUGACACUCGUUGCCUCUGAUUGGGAGUCACUAAGGCAAACAUAGAAAACAACAAACCAGAACCCCCAACAUAGAAAUAAACCACAUAGAAUGAACACACCCUGGCUCAACAUAUAGAGUCCCAGAGCCAGGGUGUGACAGUACCCCCCCCCUAAAGGCGCGGACUGCGACCGCGCCUCAACCAGAGAAAAAUAGGGGAGGGCUGGGUGGGCACUCCUCCUCGGCGGCGGUUCUGGCUCCAGGCUUGCCCACCACCCUCCAAUAAACCCCCCAUAGCGCCCCUGGUCCGGUCUGGCCCCGCUGGCUGGAGCUGACCUGGACGUAGCAGGAGCGGCUAGCUUCAGCUCCGUUGGGGAGCAAUAAAGCGGUACCUGAUUUGGCACCGAUGACCCAGGCACGGGUUGUGCCGGACUGACGACGCGCACCCCAGGCUUGGUGCGUGAGGCAGGAAAGGACCGGACCUGGCUGUCGAUGCGCACCCCUGGCUUGGUGCGUGGAGCAGCAACGGGCCGGACCGGGCUGACGAUACGCACCCCUGGCUUGGUGCGUGGAGCCGGAACGGGCCUCACCGGACUGAUGACUCGCACCCCUGGCUUGGUGCGUGGAGCAGCAACGGGCCGGACCGGGCUGACGAUGCGCACCCCUGGCUUGGUGCGUGGAGCAGCGACGGGCCGGACCGGGCAGACGAUACGCACCCCUGGCUUGGUGCGUGGAGCCGGAACGGGCCUCACCUGACUGACGACUCGCACCCCUGGCUUGGUGCGUGGAGCAGCAACGGGCCGGACCGGGCUGACGAAGCGCACCGCUGACUUGGUGCGGGGAGCAGGAACGGGCCGAGCCGGGCUGACGAAGCGCACCACUGACUUGGUGCGGGGAGCAGGAACAGACCGGACCGUACUGGGGACACACACCACUGGCCCUACAUCGGGAUCUGGAACGGGCCGGACCGGACUGGUAACACACCCCAGUACCUCUCGCCGUGCCUCUCCACCUUCCAUCCCCUCUUCGACCAGUGGCCCCCGUAACCUGGCGGCCUCCUCUGCUAACCCGCUGGACGGCUCUAUCGCGGCCUCCUGCUGCCCCGACGUCGUGAGCCCCCCCCCUAAACAUUUUCUGGGGGUCUCUCCUCCCCGUGGGCCAGGCCUCUAUCGUUCUCGCCCAACUCUCCCUCUUCUGCCCCCAAUUCCAGCAAUUCUGCUCUUCAUUAGGCUUGACCCAGUCUAGACUCUUCCUCCACUGUUCCCAAGUCCAUCCACUCUGCUCUUUACAAGGCUGGACCCAGUCGAGGUUGCCACGGAGAUCUGCAAGCGAUUCCCCUGGCGAUGGCUCCUGGACACGCUGCUUGGUCCAGUUUUGGUGGGUUUUUCUGUCACGAUCGUCAGGGAGAGACCAAUGCGCAGCGUGAUGAAUGAACAUGAUUACUUUAUUAAAUUAAAGCACGAACAAAACAACAAACGACUCGUAACGUCCACGGUGACAAAGACCGAACACGGAACAAAAACCCACAAACACAAAGUGAAAAACAGACAGUUAAAUAUGGCUCCCAAUCAGAGACAACCAGCCAACAGCUGACACUCGUUGCCUCUGAUUGGGAGUCACUAAGGCAAACAUAGAAAACAACAAACCAGAACCCCCAACAUAGAAAUAAACCACAUAGAAUGAACACACCCUGGCUCAACAUAUAGAGUCCCAGAGCCAGGGUGUGACAGAGAGAGAGCUGUUUUAUAGGAGGCAGUAGUUAGCGUGAGCUGGUCUGUAGAUACAGCUAUCUUUCUGUCUAAACUCUGAAGAGUAAAUCAUGUCAUGAGAGGCAAUGUGUGUGGUACUGAUAAACAUCACUACUAGACAUACUCUCUCUCUUUCUAGAAUAAGUGUGUUAUGCCUUGCGUCUGGCCACCCGGACUAUUUACAUUGAACCCCCCCCCCUGCUACUCGCUAAUUCUAUUUCUUGAACUGCAUUGUUGGUUAAGGGCUCGUAAAUUGUUGUAUUCGGCGCAUGUGACUAAUAACAUUUGAUUUGCUAUAGGCCACUGGGUGUAUGUGUACGUGCGCGUGUGCGUGUUCUUUCAUUUACUGUGUGUUUGUGUUGUGUGUAUUCAGUGUGUAUAAGGAGGCCUUGUGUCCGUCUCUACUGUAGGGCGUCGGUGACCAGAAGGACGUUUGGCCACAGUGGUAUAGCUGUCCACACCUGGUACGCCUGCCCUGCUCUCAUUAAGUCUAUCUGGGCCAUGGCCAUCAGCCAACACCAGUUCUACCUUGACCGCAAGCAGAGCAAGGUAACACAUAGAAUCACUGGGUGGUUCUAGAAUGAGUCUGAGGUUUUAGAAUGUUUGUGAGGUUCUAGAAUGAGUAUGGGGUUCUAGAAUGCGUGUGAGAUUCUAGAAUGACUGUGAGGUUCUAGAAUGAGUAUGGGGUUCUAGAAUGAAUAUGGGGUUCUAGAAUGAGUGUUAGAGACUAGAGUGUGUGGAGUUCUAGAGUGUUCUAGACCAUAGCAGUAGAAACAAGAAGAAAUACAGUAUUUUGUAAAGAUCUAAUAUCUCUGUGUGUGUGUGUCCAGUCUAAGAUCCAUGCGGCUCGUAGUCUCAGUGAGAUAGCCAUCGACCUGACAGAGACUGGCACUCUGAAGACAUCUAAACUGGCCAACAUGGGCAGCAAGGGCAAGAUCAUCUGUGGCAGCUCCGGCAGUCUGCUCUCCUCAGGUAAGUCUCUCUGUGUGUGGCUGUUUUUGCAUGUGUGUCUGUGGCCAGCAGUACCCUUACCCUACUCUCCACCCCAUAAUGUUGAGGCCCCUGCCUCUAUAUGUAGUGGUGUAGAGGAGAGGGGGAUAGAGGGAAGAGAGGAGAAGAGAGGGAUGAAAGGGAGGGUGGGCAGCUUUGUCCUGGUCUCUGGAAUAAUGCCUCUCUGUGUAGAGGGAGGGAAUGUGGUUAGAAAGAGAUCUGUGAGAGGAGACAGUGGUAACUCCCCCCUCCCCCCCACCCCCCUUUCUCCCCCUUCAUCCCUUAUCUAGGCCAGGGCAGGGGUCUGUGGGAACCGAGUUAGAGAGGACAGGGCUGUGAAUCUACCUUUAAACUUCAGGACAGAAACCCUUGAUGUUUUUCCCAAAGGCCGUUUCCACCAACAUGGUGGAAGUGUGAAAGGCACAGGCAAGAUCAAAUAAUAUUGACUAAAAGUGCUAGUAGUUGAGUGAGAGAGAAAAGAGCGAUACACACAUACUGGCAACUGUGUGUGUUCAAGGUCAGCUAUUUCCACACACAGCUGACACCUUAUGAAAUGAAUUAGGAGAGACCGGGGUUGGUUGUCACACCUUUUACUCUUGUGUGUAUUUCUCAGCACCAGUAUAUCUUACAAGACUCUUUUCAAUAUCAGGAGAAAGACCAAGGUCUUGGGUAUCUUAUUCCAACAUGGAGUUAUUAGCCAUCAAACACACUCUGUCCACUUGUGACAACCAGCCCCAUCGCGGGGUUGGAAGUCACACAGUAUGGGGUUGGUUGUCACAAUGUAACUUAUUCCUUUUGCAAUAGGAAAUUAAGCAAUAUAGCAAACAGAGUCUUAGAAAUAGCCAAGACUUUCUUUGAUCGAACGAUAUUCCUAACUAAAUUCAUAAUUUUAUACCUUGAGAAUAUCAUAUUACAUUUUGAGUAAAUGUGUGUGUGUAUGCGUGUGUUUGCACAUGCAUGUGUGCGUGUGGAUGUGUGUGUGUGUGACAUAAAAAAAUAUGUGUGUGAGAGAGAGGCAACGAAGGGAGCUCUUUAUAACACAAGCACGAAAGAGCUUGGGAUUUAUUGUACUGUAUAUUGACAGUGACAUUGUAGAUAGUGACAACCAACCCCCCUACAUUCCAUGUGACCCCCCUUCCCCCCAAUGCUAAUUAAGAUGCUAGUUACCACAUGGCUUGACCUAGGAACUUGGUUUGAAAUAUAGCUCUCCCUUUCCUAUUUUCAACAAACAUAAUUGUUCAUGGAUCUCCCAUAAUUCAAACAUUUACAAAGAAAAUACCAAUACAUGUUUUUCUUUACUUUCGCCUACGAAAAACACAUACAUUCCCCUCACCUCAAUGUUCUGUCAUGCUGACCAGGUGGAUGAGUUCUUCAUUUAGAUUGGUGAUCACUGUGACAGCUAACCCUGGUCUCCCUAACUGUGUUCAGAGGGAGUAGUCUUUGUCCUUUCUAAUGUCCUGAUCUCUUAACUUUAUUUCUCCUGUCCCAUUUUUCUCUGGAUCUGCCUCUCUCUUUCUCCCUCACUUUGUGUCUUGCUGUUUCUCAGCUACAGUAUCUCCAUAUAACUCUUCUCUCUCUUUUGCCCUCACUCCCUCUAACCCUCUCCAUUCAGUGUUUUUAUCCCUGCUCUAACACACACACACACACUAUAUCUAAUACAAACACACACUCACUCACUUACAUAUUCCUACUCACACAGUCUGUUCUCGCUCUCACCUUCGUCUCCAAGCAAGCGUACAUGUGUUCGUGUGCGUGUGUGUCUUGGAUUGUAUGCAUUGAAACAGAUCCAGUGGUAAAGUAUAAGGAAACCGCCAGGCAAGCAGAAAGAUGUCUCAGGUUUUCACUAGUCAAACCUUGUUACCUCAGAACACAGACAGACACACACACACACACACACACACACACACACACACACACACACACACAAACACACACACAGAGGUAGAGAUUGUUAGUGAGAGGGAUUCCUCCAGGCUUAGGUAGUCUGUGUGUGUGUGUGUGUGUGUGUGUGUUAAAGGGACAAUGUGUGAUUCUGGCACUUCCCCAUAGUCAGAUAAACUUGUGGAUACCAUUUUUAUGUCUCUAUGUGCAGUAUGAAGGAAGUUAGAAGUAGAUUCGCAAGCCAAUCCUUACUAGCAUUAGCGCAAUGACUGGAAGUCUACAGGUACAGUAGCAUACGUAGACUUCCAUCUGAUGACACGCUGCUGUGCCUACCAUCGGUCAUCUCUGCCUGGCAUCAGAAUGAUUGUCACUGAGUAGUGAUGUCAUCUUAAUACGUCUCCCUCACAUUCUCUCUACAGUUUUCAGCAGUGUAGACAUUCUGUAUUCAUUUCUCUACAGUGCAGUGUGACAGUACUGGUUCACAUCUUAACUCCUAACCCUAGACCAGGGGUGGCUAACUUUCCUCCUGGAGAGCUAUUGGGUAUGCAGCCCUGCUCUAACAUAGUUCAUACAACGAUUAGUAUAGCUGUUUAUCAUUAUUAUAAAAUACAGUGUUUACUCCAGUAUGUUGUCCACAAUGGAGUGUUUGGUCACAGGGUGAACAUUGAACCACAGGAUGACUGUUGUUAGGGUAGUUGAGCAGUGACAGGGUGUGUGUGUGUGUGUGUGUGUGUGUGUGUGUGUGUGUGUGUGUGUGUGUGUGUGUGUGUGUGUGUGUGUGUGUGUGUUUGAUGGAGAUGGAGAGGCUGGCACGAUGUUGUGCCUGCAGGGUCCGAGACUGUGCGUCACAAACAGUGUCCUCGGCUGCUCCAUCCCACUCACACACAAACACACACACAUACACAUGCACACACCCUCCCCAGCACACACAGUCUUAGACCUCCUUAUCGAAGUGUUCCACUCACUUCCCUGUACACAUCCUGUGUUGUCGACAGGUGCCUUCACCCCUCCCCCGUCCCCCACCCUCUCCUUGUUUCUCUCUCUCUCUGGAGGUCUGGGUCAGAUAAUGCCAUUGUGUUGGGCUCCAGUGUUGUAAGUGCUGUAUUUGGGUGUGUGUGCAUAUGUGCCCCACACAGUAACGUUACAUUAAGCUUGUUUCUUACAGGGUUUUACGGUCUGGUCCAUGUUUAGUGCUAAGUUCUUAGUCUGUUAUCUGUGUGUGUUCUGAUUGUAUCUCUGUUCUGUGUGUGUAGGUUCCCAGGAGUCGGACAGUUCUCAGACAGCUAAGAAGGACAUGCUUGCAGCACUAAGGGCAAGACAGGAGGCUCUGGAGGAGACACUCAAACAGAGACUAGAGGAACUCAAGAACAUCUGUAUCAGAGAGGCGGUAAGACACACACACACAUGCACGUGCGCACAAACACACACACAAACAAACACAUAAACUACAUGUAUACACACACACACUCACACACACAGACACACACACAUCAAUGAUUAAUGAUCAAUAUCAUUUAUUUCUCUCCCUCUCUCUCGCUCUCUUUCUCCCUCUCUCUCUCUCUAGGAGUUGACAGGGAAGCUUCCUAAGGAGUAUCCAUUAGAUCCAGGGGAGGAGCCUCCGACGGUCAGGAGGAAGAUUGGCACCGCCAUCAAACUGGACGAACACAAGAUCAAGCUGAAAAGAGAGGUCAGAGAAUACACUCAAACCGUUACUUCCCUAAGUCCACAUGAGAGCCAACUGUUUCCAGUAUUUCCAUUCAGUUCUAGUAAAUGGGAGGAGUUCUAUUUGUCUCCCAGUAUAGAUAACCUUCCUUGUGAACCUGGAGUUAUUUAAUAGAUAUGGUUAAGACUUGGGGAUGGAGAACUUAUCCUAGAUUAUUGGUUGAAACAGAAGAGUAACUGGGGCAGUGGCUAAACCAGCAGUCUGAAACGUCUUAGAUCUGGUUUGAAGUCAUCCUCAAUCCCUCUUUCUCACUGUUCUUCUAUUUGUGCCUUAAUAUAUUUUCCACUGCUACAGGGCUGACUAAAAAUAGCCUGUCUGUUCCUUACCACAGGAAGCGGUUAUAGUGCGAGAGAGAGAAAGAAAGUGCGUGCAAGCGAGCGUACAUGUGUUUGUGUGCAUGCAUUCAUGCGUGUUUGUGUGUCUUGGAUUGUAUGCAUUGAAACGGAUCCAGUGGUAAAGUAUUAGGAAACCGCCAGGCAAGCAGAAAGAUGUCUCAGGUUUUACUCUAGUCAAACCUUGUUACCUCAGAACACAGACACACACACACAAACACACACACACAAAGGUUAUUCUGGCAGUGGGAUGUAGAGAUUGUUAGUGAGAGGGAUUCCUCCAGGCUUAGGUAGUCUUGGGAGAUGUUGACCUAACUCAAUACAUCACCACUCUCUCUCCUCAGGGAAGUGUGUGUGCGUGUGUGUGUGUGUGUGUGUGUGUGUGCCUGCGUGCAUGUGUGAAACAGGCCUACUGUUCUGUUUUUGUGAGGUGAGGGUUAGAGGGGAGUGGGGGGGGGGGGUGUUUUGGGGGGAAUGGGGUCUCGGAGGAGGCUAUGCAAGGCUAGUGGAGGGGGGUGGAGGUUAGGGGGGAGGGUUAGGGGGAGCUGGGGGUGUUUUAGGGGUUCUCAUGGGAGGCGAGGCAGGGCUGGGAAAGAAAGAAAGGGGGAGGAAGGAAGAUAGAUGAUUUCCUCCUUGUGUUUUUCCAGGCCUGGGAACAUGCUUUAGGUUACUACUGAUGGAUGUGGACAAGAGUCACUGAUGUCUGAGUGUGUGUCUGAGUGUGUGUGUCAUCGCUUGUGUGUGUUUGUUUCCCUUUGUGCACACAGUUAUGUGUUUGUGUGUACAUGUGUGUCACACUUCCUAACCCUUGCAUCUCUCUCUUUGUCUGUCUCUCUUUCUCUCUGUCUGUCUCUCUGUCUGUCUGUCUCUCUGUCUGUCUCUCUCUCUGUCUGUAUGUCUCUCUCUCUCUCUCUCUCACACCAGGAGGAGGAGCUAGAGCGUCUAGAGAGGGAGUUUGCCAUCCAAUCACAGAUCACGGAGGCUGCGAGGCGAUUGGCCGGCGAUCCACACAUGAGCAGUAAGAAGCUGAAAAAACAGAGGAAGACGUCGUACCUGAACGCACUGAAGAAACUCCAGGAGAUAGAGAACGCCAUCAACGAACACCGUGUCCGCUUUGGGAAGAAACCUACGCAACGCGCUUCGCUUAUCAUAGAGGGUGAGACUACACACAUGCUGAGAGAAUCGCUUAUAAGAACCACAUCGCGUAAUAAACAGGGUGAGACCAGGCACACACACACAACAUCACAAAUUCACAUACACUAUACACACACACUCAAAUACACACACAGACACAUGGCAAGAAGUGCUCAUAAACAUUCAUUUAAACACACCUACCUAACCCCAACCAAUGCCAUAGUAAAAGUGUUUUCCUCUGUUCUUCUCUCCCACAGAGGCCAACAUCGGCUCAGAGGACAGCUCUCUGUCGGACGCUCUGGUCCUAGAUGACGGUAUGUUUAUCUCUCUCUCUCUUUCUCACACUCUCUGUCUCUGUGAACCUUGCACUAGAAGGUGUCAUCAGCAACCUUCUAAUGGGGUCUAAUCAGUGUUCAAUCAAUCUAACCAAUCCCUCCCUCCCUCUUUCUCUCUCUCUAUCAGAUGACCCCCAGGCGACAGGGACCCCCACCUUCUCUCCGGCAGCGUCCCCACAAAAGGGCCUCCCUCCCCGGCCUCCCUCCCACAGCCGGCCCCCUCCCCCCCAGUCUCUAGAAGGCCUUAGGCACCUGCACUACUCCCGCUCCGAAUACGACAAGUCCCCCAUCAAACCCAAGAUGUGGAGCGAGUCCUCGCUGGACGAACCCUACGAGAGGGUAAAAAAACGCUCCUCACAUACCAGGUGAGAGGUCAACUCUGUUGCCAUGAUGAUAGAUCUAUACUGGGGUCGUGGGACAUGUGAUAGUUGGUUUAACGAUAGUAGAAUGAUUAGAAGAUAGCAAUAGUAAUGUUAAGGUUUUCUAAGUGCUCUCUCUCUCCCUGGCCAGUCACAGGCGGUUCCCCAGCUCUGGUACUUGUGCGGAGGCAGGAGGCAGUAACUCUCUGCAGAGUAGCCCCAUCAGGAGCCUUCCUCACUGGAGCUCCCAGUCCAGCAUGCCCUCUACCCCUGACCUGAGGACCAGGACCCCUCAAUAUGUACACUCCACCAGGUAACCGCCAGAUAACUUCGGAGUAACCUUCAGACAGCCACCACACUACGGUCACCUCACUAGGUCAAAGCCACAACUAUACGGUAAACUCUCUAUCUCCUUCCCUCCAUCUCUCCCUCCUUUCACCAGGUCUGUGGACAUCAGUCCCACCCGUCUGCACAGUCUGGUUCAGCACUUUAGGACCCGCAGCUCCAGCCUGGAAUCUCAGGGCAAGCUGAUGGCGUCCGACCCUGACACACACACUCGCACAGACACCUUGGGAGCCCUGGGCAGCCCAGACUUCUUCCUGGCCCCAGGGACACGCAGCUCCAACGGCUCGGACCCGCUGGAUGACUGUUCGUCCUGUACCUCCCAGAGCAGCUCAGAACACUACUACCCUGGGGGAGCCCCAGGCUCCAACCCCAACUACUCCACCCUUGGAGAAGACUCCCCCUCCAAAGCCAGGCAAAGACAGAGGCAGAGGCACAGGUUAGUACAGCAGAGCUGGGUGUGUCCGGGGAUUUACUUUGGGCUUGUUCAGCAAUCCUUGGAAGAGCUCUGUGACAUACAUCACUUCUAUGUUUAAUGUGUAUAUCCUCUCUCUCUCCAGGUCUGCAGGUCACCUUGGUUCCUCUAACUCUGGCUCCAUGCCCAACUUGGCAGCCAAGAAUGGUUCAGGGGGUGGUGGUAUGGGGGGAGCAGGGACUGGGUCAGGGCAGCACGGGGUGUACCUCCACAGCCAGAGCCAGCCCUCAUCCCAGUACCGGAUUAAAGAGUACCCCCUGUACGUAGAGGGCAGCCCCAACCCGGUGGUGGUGCGCAGCCUGGAGAGUGACCAGGAGGGCCACUACAGCGUCAAGGCCCAGUUCAAAACCUCCAGCUCCUACACAGCUGGGGGGCUCUACAAGGAGACCUGGGGGGGUGAGGAGGGGGGAGAGGGGAGCGGCAGACUCACCCCGUCCCGCUCCCAGAUUGUACGGACUCCCUCGCUAGGGCGAGAGGGGGGAGGAGGGGGAGGAGGGGGGAGGGCGGUGGUUUCGGAUGAGCUGAGGUGUUGGUACCAGCGCUCAUCUGGCAGUCUAAAGGAGAGGAGUCACUGUGGCUCCAAUGCGUCGGACAGCGGCUCGUUGCAAGGCACGCUGGGACAUGGACGAGGCAACAGGGUGGGGACGCUCGCCAAGGGAUCGCCAGGUGGGUGGCAACACACCACACACACAUCACCCUCAGCGGGGUCGCAACAUCCAGAUGCAUCCGAUUUUCAGGGGAAAUGGAAAGAGAGCCUUUGACACGACUUCCACUUUUGGACGUUAACAAUGCGAUACGGCCUCAUAACUCCUCCUCCACCUUUUCUAGAUUGGUUGACUAGUGCAGCAGAGACCCUCGCCCGACAGUUUUUAUUUUAUUUCAUGCCUGCUACGUUAAGUUACACACACAUAGUUUAUGUUCUAAGCUAAGUUUUGAGUUUUGACUGGGUUUGCUUAGGCAGUGCUAAGGAUAGAUGUUACAUUUUCUAUUAUUUACAGAAUAAUAAUCUCAGUGAGAGAAAGAAAACAUGCCAUGCCCCGUGUGAGGCUCGAACUCACGACCUUCAGAUUAUGAGACUGACGCGCUGCCUACUGCGCCAACGAGGCCUGUGUGUGCAGGAGAGGGGCCUAUGUUAAGGAGAGUGUGUGUAAAGCGAUCCCUGAACUAAAUGGAGCCUGUUUGUCACAGUGGUCACACCCCCACUUUAAGACCCCUAUCUGGGGCAUAGCUGGGAUUCCACAGCCCCUGACCACCUUUGUCUUUGAAUGUGUGUGUGUGUGUGUGAAUAACUGUGUGUAACUGUGUAUAACUGUGUGUCUCUCUGUACAGCAGCGUCCCCUCACAGCCAGAGGAGUGUGACUCCAUCCAGUGAACAGGCCGCCACCCCCACACCCCCCUGCAGCCCACAACACCUCCUCAACUGGCAGAGCGGGUAAAACAUACAUACACGACACACACCACACAAACUGCACAGACACAAACUACAUACACACACACACACACACACACUCACACAUACACACACCAAUAAAUAAUUGGCAGAGUGAGUUAUAACGUGUUUGGGGAUGAAGACCAGGCACUCAGGAUCCUACUCCUAUUGGACCUUUAACCCUGGGUUAAAGGGUAAAGGUUAGAGGCUCUGGCUCCUGUAUUACAAUUCACUGGACAGAAUCUGCAUGAUAUCAAAGCAUCUUCAGCUCCGCUUCUCUUUAUACCCUCUAUAACCUCUGCCUAACCUCCAACCUACACACAUCCUUUGCCCUUCUGCAGCACGGUACUCUGUCUAUGUACUGAUCACACGGCUGUCUUGUCUUCCUAAAGGACUCUAACUCUCAACCUCACACUAAAUACGCCAGAGUCAUUUGUUAACUUCUCUCUCCUCUCUUUCUCUUUUGCUCUUCUCUCUUUUUCCUUCUCAUUCCGUCCCUGUUCAUCUCUCUUCCUCUCUGUCUGUACUAACCUCUCUGCUGUCUGUCUGUCUGUCUGUGUGUUUCCUGGUUUAGCGGUACAGCAGACAGCUCUCCUACUGAAGACGUGUGUCAGUCUCCCCCUCAGCCCAGCUCUGAAGCAUAGAGGUACUGUCUGUCUGCCAGGACUCUGCCAGAACACAGACCUAGAAACACAACAGAUAGAUUAGAGAACAACAGAACAACAAUCUAGAACCAUAGACCAUAGAACCAAUCCUGUCUGGACACGUAGAAACACACCCCAUAGAAUGAGUCCUGACACAUAGACAUAUAAACCUGAACUAGAUCAGGGAUGUAGAAAUAGAUCCGCUUGAAUAGAUAUGUAGAAACAGAACCUGAACUAGAUCAGGGGUGUAGAUAUAGAAUCCCUUGUCUAGAUUCUUAGUAUCGUACCAACUGCUGAAUUCAAUAGUCUUCCCAUUUCUAAUCCAUUCUAAAAGCAGGUUUGGGAAUGGUGUCUGUUCUAUCUGCUCUGUUUCUAUGGCUGUAACUGGACUCUUUAUGUCUGCUGUGUGUGGCUGUCCCUGUUUCUGCCUGUAGCUGCUCUCUACAGUAAACCCUCACCCUCACUACUGUACACUCUUAGAAAAAAGGCUGUCCCCAUAGGAUAAUUAUUUUUGGUUCCAGGUAGAACUAUUUUGGGUUCCAUGUAGAACCCUCUGUGGAAAAGGUUCUACCUGGAACCAAAAAGGGUUCUUCAAAGGGUUCUCCUAUGGGGAUAGCCGAAGAACCCUUUUAGGUUCUAGAUAGCACCUUUUUUUCUAACAGUACUGUGGGGCUGACUCCAUUUAGUCGACUGGUCGAUUGUUUGGUCGAUAGGCUGUUGGUCGACCGAGAUUUAUUUAGUUGAGCAGUAGCAAAACAUUUAUAAAAAAUAAAUUGUGGGGUACAAGACACCUAUCUGAUUCACGCCUGUCUGAGUACACUGAUCCAUUGUGGAGGCCGUGGGGAUGGCACAGUCCAUCAGUCUAAGACGUGGUACUGAAAUUGUAUAUGGUUAUAUUAUGUAAGAACAAUGUUGAAACACAAAUAAAAAUAAUAUUCAUCAGACCAGAGAAUCUUGUUUCUCAUGGUCUGAGAGUCCUUUAGGUGCCUUUUGGCAAACUCCAAACGCGGGCUGUCAUGUGCCUUUUACUGAGGAGUGGCUUCCAUCUGGCCACUCUACCAUAAAGGCCUGAUUGGUGAAGUGCUGCAGAGAUGGUUGUCCUUCUGGAAGGUUCUCCCAUCUCCACAGAGGAACUCUGGAGCUCUGUCAGAGUGAUCAUCGGGUUCUUGGUCACCUCCCUGACCAAGGCCCUUCUCCCCCGAUUGCUCAGUUUGGCCAGGCGGCCAGCUCUAGGAAGAGUGUUGGUGGUUCCAAACUUCUUCCAUUUAUAAAUGAUGGAGGCAACUGUGUUCUUGGGGACCUUCAAUGCUGCAGACAUAUUUUGGUACCCUUCCCCAGAUCUGUGCCUCGACACAAUCCUGUCUCUGAGCUCUACAGACAACUCCUUCGAGCUUGGUUUUUGCUCUGACAUGCACUGUCAACUGUGGGACCUUAUAUAGACAGGUGUGUGCCUUUCCAAAUCAUGUCCAAUCAAUUGAAUUGACCACAGGUGGACUCCAAUGAAGUUGUAGAAACAUCUCAAGGAUGAUCAAUGGAAACAGGAUGCACCUGAGCUCAAUUUCUAGUCUCAUAGCAAAGGGACUGAAUACUGAUGUAAAUAAGAUAUUUCUGUUUUUAAUUUUAUAUAAAUGUGCACACAUUUCUAAUAAGGCUGUAACAUAACAAAAUGUGGAAAAUGGGAAGGGGUCUGAAUACUUUCCGAAUGCACUGUAUAUUUACAAAAAUAAGACAGAUCCUGCUUCUGUUGCCUGUUUGAGUGUUUGUUUAAUAGCCUACUGAUUCCGUGCACUCCAAGCCAAUUUCACAAAUUCGGCUGUUUUCAAUCUUUGCUAUGCUGUAAUAAAGGCUUUAAUAAAAAAAAUCGUUAUACCAGCCUCUCUGGUAUUAUUUAUAAUUAUUUAGUGUUGUUACACUGGUCCAAAAUUGUCCAAUAAUAAUAAUAAUAACCCUCCUUUUUCCUUGAUCUCCUUCUUAUUGUUAUUAUUACUAUUAUUAUUAUGAUCAUCAUUAUAAUAAUAGGUAAUAUCAUUAUCAUUAGAGGCUUAGUAUAGCGUCCUUGUAUAACCACCAUCGAGCUGUAGGCCUAAGAGCGCCUGUUUAGUCUUAAUACCGUAACUUAGUUAGGCCUAUAUUUCAAUACUUAUAUAGGCUACUUUAUCAAUCAAUAAUUUAUUAGUUCAUGUCAUCACACAGUAUACGAUUCAUUCAUGAUUUUAAAUACAAUCAAGCAUUUUAGUUUAAAAAUAUAAUAACAAAGCAACCAUUGAAUAAUUAGCGUAAAGAAUAAAUAGGCCUAAACCAUUCCAUUUCGGAAAUUGCAUUCACGAAUGAAUGAGACUAUAUUUAGUCUUUGCUGUAAUAAAGGCUUAAAAAAAAAAAAAAAAAAAAAAAAAACAUUACAAGACUCUCUGGUACGCUUAUAAUUUAUUUUGUGUUGUUUACAUUGUUCCAAACUAAAAAUGAUAUUGUAAUCUAACAGCACCUGUUUGGCACACAUAAUAUGCAUGCAGCUCUUGCUCCUUACCUUAUUUUUCUUGAUCUCCAGUAUUUUCCACAACUAGUCAAAUUUAUUCCACAUAUCCAACUUCCCCUUUACCUCCUGACCAACCAGUAAACAUUACCCCAUUUCAAGUUUAUUUGUCACGUCCACUGCAUCCAUUUUGCUGUCACAUGUGUUAAGGUGUUCAGAGUUCGUUAUAACCAGUUUAUUGAUGUGAUUAUGAUAUGCUAUAGGUCAGGCCCUAUUGGUCACGUGCAUGCGAUGAAUACAUGUGUCAUGUAAAGAGAGCAAGGGUUAAGGGAAUAGGGAAUGUUUUUCCUAAACAAAUUAGGGAUUUCGGUAACAUAACUUUUCAGUCAGAAAUGGCUGUAAUUAUAUUGCAGCUUCAGCAACACGGACAGCGCAAUACACACUGUUGAUGUUCUGUGGGGAGGAGAGAGAGACAACGGGUGCUAGUCACACAGUCACUCGCUGUCUUUUUUUUUUAACACAGCGCAGCAGGUCUGAGCCAGGCGGCACAAUCAACUCAAUUGCGGUCGGACUCCCUCUAGUCAUUUGUGUUUCUUAAUUAUUUCAUCAAACAGUUCGCUUAAAGCAUCAGAUAAGCUAAGUGCAUAUAGUUGAUUUGAUUAAAACACAAUAGGAUGUGUCUAUAUAUGGAAAAAUACAUGUUUUAACAUUUCUACCAAUCAAUUGGUCGAAAGAACAGACAACUCUUGGUCGACCAUUAUAUUUUUUAGUCGGGGACAGCCCUAGUGUACUGUACUACCAUCUCUGAUUGAACUUGAACUUAUUCAACUAAAUAGCUUUUUUCACUGUUGACUUCUCCGUGACGUGUGCUGUCAUUCAGUCCAUCUCAAUGAUAGUAAAGCAGCAGCCACAGGGAGUAUCCACCAUAAUACAAGUUAAUUCAUUAUAAAACCAUGAAGGGGAGUGAACAAAUUAGCUCUAGUCACCUAGUGUUGUUUUAGACUAGUACACUAACAGGACGUGUGAGCUGCCAUAGAGACAGAGAUAUAGGAGGAUUGAGAGAUCAGUUUGAAAUGAGGCUGUAAAAGAGGUAAAUGGCAUCAUGGAUUGUGCACCUUGUUUUCACAAAAGCUUUAGGUCUAGGCAAAUUAAGUAACCAUCAAAGCAAUGAGAGACCGAAACACCAUCUCUCUCUCUCUCUCUCUCUCUCUCUCUGCAGGUCAUUCAAUGAUAGCUGUUUCCUCAGCAGUCCUCUGUGUUCAGAGCUGGCAGAUGUCCAGUGGUACGGACAUGACAAGGCCAAACCUGGAACCCUGGUCUGAGCUACUGACCACCACCCAACACCCACUGACCCUCAACACUGAUCCUUACUGACACAACAUCCAACAUCUCAACUGACCCUUACAGCCCCCACCAACCUCUCCUCCAGUGCUGACUAGACUGGCCUUAUAUUGGACAGGAAACCCUCAUCCAUUCUUCCCUUCAUCCAUCUUUCCCUAUCAGUUUCUGUGCAUAUCGGGCUUGGCUGAGCUGGGGGUUCUAGGACGGUCACGACCAACUGGGCUGGACUAUUGCUGUGGAACAGCCAACCUUAGCCUC